AUGUCAGCCGAACUAAAAGCAAAGGAGAUUUUUGAUCAGUUUGCCACGCUUGAUGUGCAAACGAACAAAAAAGUGCUCUCUCUUCCCGAGUUUGUCACCAUUUUUUCUCCGUUUCCCAAUGAUGUACCCAAGGAAUCUUAUUCCUUACUUUAUUUGAUUGCAGACAAAGAAAAGAAAGGUUACGUGGACCAACAGGAUUUUGUUCGCUUCGUUCAAACUUUAACAUCGAGCGAUGGAGAGUUCAAAUUGUUGUUUAACUUGAUUUCUGAGGGUAACAGCAAAUUGUCUUAUUCGCAAUGCGUGGACAUGCUCACAAAGUUGAACCAGGCAAUUGACUCUUCUUACCACCCCAAAAAGUCCAAAUUCAAUUGGACGUAUUUGGAGAGAUUUUUCUCGCCCGACGGAGAGAUUGAUUUCAAAGAUUUCGUCAGCUUGAUAAAUUACUUGCCUGUGACUAAGUUGAUUGGAAAUUUCGAGAUUCUUGCAGGUAAGUCCAAUGUUAUCUCUACGGACGAAUUGAAUCAUUUAUUAGCGACAAACUUGAAACACAAAUUGUCCUCCAACUUGAAGAACAACUUGACUGCCGUGCCAGAGUUCUUCGGUAAAGACACAUUCACCUUGUCCAAUGUUUUGUUCGUUUACAAUUGCUUCAACAAAUUGGACUUGAUCAAUGAGGUCAUUGCUAAUACACCACCAACUACUUUGGACAAAACAGACAUUUUGAUCAACAAAAAGGACUUGUAUAACCACUUGAAUGAUCAUCUUUUGAAAUCGUCGAAUUUCAAGCCUAUCACAACUGUCGAACUAGACUUGUUGUUCUUUUUGAUCAACCGGGAUGAAGAAACUAUUCCAAGACGGGAGUUGAUUUCAUUUUUAAAUCCAAACUACCUCAAUAAUGUGCCAUCUUUGUAUCUGAUCUUCGACCACCCCGCAGCUCAACCUGUUCAAAAGGACAACUUUUCAUUAUGGCCUCUCUUUGAUUCGAUGUAUUCUUUCUUUUUGGGUUCCAUUGCUGGGUGUAUCGGGGCUACCGCAGUUUACCCUAUUGAUUUAGUGAAAACCAGAAUGCAAGCGCAGAAGCACAAGGCCCACUAUGAUAAUUCUUUUGACUGUUUCAAGAAAAUCAUCAAGAAUGAAGGAUUCAAAGGUUUAUAUUCGGGUUUAGCGGCUCAAUUGGUUGGUGUUGCACCAGAAAAAGCUAUCAAAUUGACUGUCAAUGACUUGGUUCGUGGAAUUGGUACACAGGAAGACGGCUCUAUUACCAUGCCUUGGGAAAUUGCUGCUGGUAUGUCUGCCGGAGGUUGUCAAGUCAUCUUCACCAACCCAUUGGAAAUCGUCAAAAUUAGAUUGCAAAUGCAAGGUGGCAGCACAAUGAAUGCAGUUCCUGGCCAAAUCCCUCAUAAGAGAAUGAGUGCCGGUCAGAUUGUUAAGCAAUUGGGUCUCAAAGGCUUAUACAAAGGUGCUACUGCGUGUUUGUUGAGAGAUGUUCCGUUCUCAGCCAUCUACUUCCCAACUUACGCCAACCUUAAGCUCUACUUGUUCAACUUUGACCCACAUGACCCGAACAAGAAACAUUCUCUCAGCACAUGGCAAUUGUUAGUCUCUGGUGCUUUGGCGGGUGCACCAUCUGCAUUUUUCACUACACCAGCCGAUGUGAUCAAAACAAGAUUGCAGGUUGAGGCAAAGACUGGCGAAGUCAAGUAUAGAGGCAUUGUGCAUGCAUUUUCGGUUAUUUUGAAAGAAGAAGGCUUUUCUGCAUUUUUCAAAGGUUCUCUUGCCAGAGUGUUCAGAUCGUCUCCACAAUUUGGCUUUACUUUAGCCUCCUAUGAGUUCUUGCAGAAGAUGUUCCCAUUGCACCCCCCAAACACCAAGGAAUCCAAUUUCAAGGCAAGCAGCGGAUAUCCAGGAGUGUACAAUUUGUCGAAUGAUCAAGUUUACAGUCACCAGAACCCUCGCUUGAUGUACUUGAAACAAGACGAGCUAUUCAAGAGCAACGGUUUGAGAACAAAUCAGAACUUGAAAAAUGCCAUGGUAAGCUUGCCAGCCGACUAUGUGUACAAGUCAAUGGACACUGUCAAGUUAUUGAUGGAUAUCGACUACAAGUUUGGUAACUUUAACUAUGAUGCCUACAAUCAUUUCAUUAGACGCUAG